AUGGUGUACUGUGUCGUAUACAGGUGCUCUGCAACGUCUGAGAAACAGCCAGACAGAUCUCUCCAUGAAUUUCCAAAGGAUCCAAAGCUUUGGAAGGCUUGGAUAAUUCGUGUCAGCAGAGAAAAUUUUGUGCCAUCUACAAGUGAUCGCGUUUGCUCGUACCACUUCAGUAGUGAAGACUAUGGCACAAAAAGGACAUCAGAUCGACCACUAAAAUUCCAGAGAAAAGUAUUAAAAAGAGGAGCCUUGCCCUGUUGGAAUCUCAGAGGUGAUGUUUCAAAGCGCACAAGAACUACAUCUCUUUGUGCUAUGCUACCAAUCGAAUGCAGUCCAACAGACACCUCUACUGAAAGCCUUGCCCUCUCUGCUCCAUCCAUUCUACAAGGACCAUCUUCAAAAGAAGGUAAAUCCCAAACAAUUGAAAAAUGA